UUCUUCUCCACAUUUAAGGCUAGCUAAUUGGUGUUCAAAAGAAGAAAAAAGGCUAGCUAAUUGUUCGGACUUGAGUUUGGGAAGACAUAUUCGACAAGGCUUCUAACUAAUUGAGGAUAUUACUAAUUUGGUUUAGUUAUGGUUAUGAAUAAUGAGCAAUGUAAGAUCAAUUAUGAAGUUGAAAUGGAGAUGCUAAAAGAACAGAAUAAAACUUUUAAAAUAAUAAUAUAAAAUAACUUAUUGGUUUUUCUUCUUGCAAAUUUUGUAAAAAAAUACAAUAAAUAUAGUGGGAAGAUGUUUUUGUCAAAAAAAAAAAUGAUAAUGGGAAGUUAAUGAAAUGGGGGCUCGUCUUGACGAAAUUAAAAGGCAAAUGUUUUCUCGAUUAGAAAGUUUGCAACGCAACCACAUACCUUAUGCUGUACUGGCUCCUGAUGGACAAUUUACAAAACCAUAUUUCUAGGAUAACCAUAUAUACUAUAUCCCAUCUAGAAUCUAGAUUAUCAUUUAACCCCUUACAGUGAAAAUAUACAGUAUAAAACUUUUAGUAUAUGGAAUUACAGAAUGUAAAUGCUAAACGUAAGAAGGAAUGGAUGAAAUAAAUUGAAGGAUAUGUAUGAAAAGUAGAAUAAAUUAUUGAUACAUUUCUCACUAAGUUGGUAAUGAAGUAUUGUUCUUUGAAUUUUGUUUAUUUUUGUAUGAAAACGAUGGAAACAUUGUUCCAUUUCAGUCAAUAUAAAUAGUAAAUUUAUUUUAUAGAAUUCGUGGAAUAAAACUAUUUCAUACCAUUCCACAUUUUCUAAAGAAAGUGAUAAUAUGACUUCAACGAGUAUUUAUUUAUACAUAUAAAAAGAUGCAUACAAUAAAUCAAAAAUCUAACAGAAAAUGUAUGCAGUUGAGAUUCGAUAUAACAGGGUGUAUACACAUGUGAUGUGAGUGACCCUACCAGUUAUGUAAAUCAUUUGGUUGAAAUUGCAUUAUUUAUUUACUUUUAAUUUAAUUCGAUGUAUAUUUUAUUUUUAAAACUAAUAUUUGCUUUCAAACUUAAAUUAGGAUAAUCUUAAUCUAUUAAAACUGAAGUACUACCAACUUGAAUAAGGGAUGAAGAAGGUGGGUUAAGCUGAAAUUAAGAUAUGAAUAAAUAAAAGAUUGGAUGAUUGAGAGUAAAUACUUAAUAGUUAUAACUCCAACGAAUCGGAGAGUUGCAGCAAUCAAUCGGCAACACCAUGGAGAAGUGGAAGAGGCUAAACGAUAUCAACAGUCAUUGGGUGAAGAAGGAGCGUUGGGCUUAUGGCUACACCAAAAUAUUAAUAGGCCAUACUCAGCCCGUGUAAAUUCUAUUCUGCGUAAAGGAAAGUAUACGUGGCAAAUAAAAGCUUUCUCAUUGGUUGAAAUUAAUAAUCCUACGUGUACACUUUAUAUGUUGAACAUAUUUGGCUUUUAAUAUUGUAAGAUAUCACAUAUUUCAUCGAGUUUAGCAUAUUUUUAACAUACCAAAGGAAAACAUAUUUUUUUUGCAGAAGAAUCGCUGUAAUACAUUUCACAUGGCGAGUUUCUUCCUUGAACCAAAGCUGCUCCACUGAAAUCUUGCCUCAAGAAGCUGGGAACACCAUUUCCUCCCAUCUAUGUUUCAGAUUGGAAUAGAAGAAGAGUAAGAUGAAGAAAUGACUAUAAAAAAACAAGUUAUAUUCAACAUCAAACUAGAUAACGGUUGAAGAAGAAUGGAAGAGAAGGGAGUUUCAGACUCAACUUACGUGCUGCUCAUGUUUGUAUCUAACAGGUCACAUAGAACUUUUUAACCGUUCGAAAGAGCAUAGCACCAAAACCUAGACCGAUGUUUCUUUUUUCUUUUUCUUUUUUUCUCUUUGAACAUCAAUUAGUGAUUAAAACACUUUAUGCUUAACAUAUUCUUCAAUACCGAAUUUCAACAACUCUAAAUGACUAAUUAUGAACAACAUUACACCCUUAAAUAAUUAAUUCUGAACAAUAUUUAUAUAACAAAUAUCGUGGGCUUAUAAGAAAAUGAGCAUGCUUAUAAGUUAUAAGAAGGUUCGUACUGAUUAGAUGAAUAUGGAAGGCUUGUGUUGUCCUAUUUUGUUUUUUCAAACUAUUACGUAUGUUGUUUAAAUUAAGCGCACUAUUAAUAUAAGCAUAUUUUGAGUUUUUUUUUUUGUUUUUUGGGUAUAAAUGUUAAGAUAUUUUGAGUUAUUGUUAUGAAAACAGUCCAUAACGCACUUACGAAGGCAGCGUUGUCUGAUUUGGGUUUAAGACAUGGUAUUUUCCAACAGGUACGCAUACCUUAAUACCUAUAAUUAAAUUUGCCAUGAUUUCGUAAUCAGUAACUAAAAAAUAUCAAUACACUUUUAGAAAUUUACAUCCUAUAACGAGGGCCUCACUAUUAUGACUCUUUCAACCAUGUUUAGAGUGAGAAUUGAGUUUUUCGAGUUGUUCUUAUUAUACUUUGUCUGAACAUUAAUCAUUCAUCGCCAUUACAUAAAAUAUCAAAACACAUACGACUCGACAUUAACAACACAUACAUACUUUUAAAUUUUAAUAUUUAACUAGAUUUAUUUUGUUAUAACAAAUUUUGAUAUAAAUUAGUAUUUUGUGAUUUUUUACAUUAUUAUGUUACAAAGUUGAAUUAUAUAAAAGAAUUAAUUUUUAAAAAAUUAUAUAAUUCAUGAAUUAUUUUAUUUGGAAUUUUGUAUAAAUCUUAUGUAAUUCUCUCUUACGCAUUGGUAUUUUACAUGGACCACGAAAAACCAAACCAAAAUCAACUCAAAAAUACUGGUUCACGUCGGGUCCAGAAAAAAUACGUAUUUUUUUUGGAAAUGUGGGUCUCUGUUCACGUCUGAAACCUAUCCAAAACCGGUUGGGAGCCAAAGUACCCAAAAUGUUUGUGUAUAUUAUUUAUAUUUGUGUAUUUUGGAUAUGUUUUUGGUAUACAUAUAUUUUUGAGUUUUUGGUUUGAAUUUCAGGUUAUAGUUUUUUAUUUCGAGUAAAAAUUCAAAUUUUAAAAAUAUAUUUUUGGGUAGUCAGAUACAAUUUUGGGUAUUUUUUUGUUCCACGGCCAGAUUUCAAGUACAAUUUUAGGUCUUUUGAAUAUUUUCUGAUUUUCGGGUAUUCGUUUAGAUUUUGGAUAUCUUUUGUGUUUCGAGUAUUUUUUUAUGUUUAUCGAGUUAUAUUUGAGUCUUAAAUAUCUGAACGGAUCUAUACCCGUUACAUACAAAAAAUAAUAUUUAUUUUAUAGGUAUUUGAAUUAUGGAGUCGAAACCAUCCAUAUCCGAAAAACCGAUCCGAACCCAAAUAUUUUUUUCAAAAUACCUAAUUAGGUAACAAAAUUCAUUGAUUUGUUUUAUAAAAUUUUGGGUGGAAAAUACUCUUCAGGUUUGAUCAAUAAUGUUUAAUAGGACAUGAGUCAUUUAUAUUUUAAAAGUUGAUCUCGUAAAGAAAUUUUGAUCUAAUGGAGGAGGAUGAUAUAUAUGACAAUGACCCUACGUAUUGAAAUUUUGGUGCCAUUUAUAUGUAUAUAUGUUAAAUUGAAGGAAGUUGAUUUAAGUAAAAUAACCAUUUGAAAAUUUCAUAUAUGUAGUCAUGAUCUUAUUAAAAUGGGUGAGAUUUAUUUAAAUCUUAGAAGAUAUUAUUUUGUUGCUAUAUAAUAGAAGAUAGUUAAUAAUAUUUAGUUGUAUACAAGAGGUUAGACUAAAAAAUAAAUAGGUGCAACAACUUUGUGUAAGUAAAUUUUUUAAGACUCCUUCCCUUUUAAUAGUAUUGAUCAGUAACAUAACAAACAAUAGCAAAUAGCAAAGACUUUAAGUUUUCAGGUUAUAAUUACAUAAUGGUUGUUAUACCUUGCCUCUUCGCCUCUCUUCCCUUGACUCUUAAGAAAUUCUCAGCAUCACUUGAGAACAUACUCAUCUGCACGCACCCUAACAAGGUGAAGCAGAGCUUGUUAUUAGAUGUACCCAAAGCCAUGGUGAAGAAGCCUCCUCGGGCCAACCGGUUUGAAAGCAUCAGACUCAAGUAAAACAAACACUAUACAAAACUAAAAUAGAUCAUCUACAAUCACUGGAAAGAAUUGUAACACACAUCACAAUCAAAUAAAUAUGACAACACUAUAAAAUAAAUACACUAAAUAUCGUACCAACUUUACUUAAAUAAAUAACUCAUGAAAGCCAAAUCAAUAGGAAAAAUAAUUAACAAAAGUAUAAAAUAUUAUUUAUUCUUACUUUAGAUUUUCUUCAGUGUCAAAUUGAAAUGGAAAUCAAAUUGAAAAAAAUAUAAACCAUUACAAUUCCAUAAUUUUUGAAUUUUUAUUUUUUAAUUUAAUAAUUUUGUGUUCUAGAACAAAAAAUCAAUGUUAGUGGUCUUUUUUUUUUGUAAAUUAUGUUAGUGGUCUUUUCAACUAAAACCAACAAAUUUAAUAAAAUUUACAACUUGAUCUUAGAAUAAAAACAUAUUAGAUUUAUUAUUUUCAGUAUAAAGUAAAUUUGCAAAUAUUAUAUAAAAUUAAAAUAUAUUUUAACAGAAAAUAGUUUUAGUGUAAACUCACUCGUCCGUAGAGCAAACCAACCCCUAAUAAUGUAUAAUUAAGGCUGCAACUAGAUUGUAAAUAUUUGGAAUGUAAUGAUGUGGAAUGGCCGAUUCCAUUAAUUUCAUAAAAAAAUUUACCAUUUGACAUGAAUGGAAUGAAAUACUCAUUCCAUCAAUUCCAAAAGUAAAUAGAGAAAAUACAAAGAGAAUCAUUCCAUAACAAAUUUGAUCAUGAAUGAGUGGAAUGAAUUUCAUUCCAUUUUUUGUUGUAUUUCAUUUCUACCAUUCUAUUUAUUUUAAAUUCCUUAAAUUCUAUAUUUGUUUACCAGUUACACCCUAAAUACUUUUCUUGGGAAGGUUUUUUUUUUCUUUUAAAAUUUUCAUGGUAAUACAGAACAUACGCCAGUGGUGCACACUGUCAUUUUCUUUUCAGUUUUGAGUUAUAAAAAAAACUCUUUAUAUUGUUUCACAAUUUUUUUUUGAUAACCGAAUAUCCUGGUUUCACUGAAGUGGUCCAGACUAGAGACCGAAGCGACUAAAGACUUAGUUUGCGCUGGUUACCAUGUGGGUCACCAUAAACGGUCUUUAGUUUCGGACACUGGGGUUCCACAUGUGAAUUCUUCAGUGGCCGGAAUUCGGAUAUGGGUGGUGGAACUUACAGGCGUGAGCCUUUUACCACAAGAGCUAGAAGACCCGGUUGUUGUUCCACGAAUAACACAUUGUCAUUGUGAUUAUCGUUCCAAACAGCCAGUUCAUUCAUAUUUGUACCAAAUUUUAGAAUAAUCAAAGUUUCAAUGAUAUCUCCAACAAUAUCAAACAAUAACCAUAAAUGUUUGAAGCUAGUGAGAACCGUUACAAACAUCUGCUUCUAACUAUGUUAACUAUUUUUUUUUCAAAACUGUUCAGUUUUACCAAAAAUAUUAUACUUUCAAAUCAUUUGAAAAAUUAGGCAUGCUAUUUUUAACCAAACAGAACUCGCCAAACCGAACCAAAAUUUCAGUUAACUCAGUUAGUUUGGUAAUGAAUUCGGUUCAGUUUGACAGGUAUGUAAAAAAAAAAAAAAACAAUUUUGGUUCGGUUUGGUAAUCGGUUACUAGAAUAAGAUUCUUAACCAAAUUUUGAACCGGAUUAACCAAAAUUUCAAAUCAAAUUAAAUGAAAUUACUUGGAUUUUUAAUCGAAAUAUAAUUAUAACCAAAAGUUUUGGUUAAUUUCGGUAAAAAAUUAAUAACUGAAUUAUCCAAAUACCGAAUCGAAUCGAAUUUUCUCGAUUCAAUUCGAAGAUAUUUUGGUGGUACCGAACUAUCUGAGCCCUUUUUUAACAACUAACUAUCUGAACCCUUAUGCAUAGAAAAAUCACACAGAAAAACAAUCAUGUUUAAAAAAAAAAUUUAACAAAAUCACAUAAUAAAAACAUACGCAAAAUAAUCAACCAAAACCGUGUGAAAGUCUGUGAAUAGUAGUAGCUUCCCCGUUAGUAUUUGAAUAUUGAUAUUUUGUAGUCUCGUCUCUCUGCUUUGGCGAGACUUUUGCUUUAUAUGUUUUGUACUUCUAUUCUACUAACCGUAUCCCGUUUGUUAUGAUUUUUUUACUCUUUUUUGGUUUGGUUUCUGAGGAUUUUAUGUAUUUUGACGGUUUUGGUAACUCAUAGGUUGAUAGUUUGUGUUUUUCCAAACAGUUUUUUUUUAACGUCCGAUUAAUUAUGUUAUUUCAACAAUGAAAAAUAUUAACUAGACGAUUCUACAGCCGAUAAUUCUACCAUCAUAUGAGAAUGCACGUCUGACUGCAUCGCUUCGAGCCGUCCUAUGAAAUCCAUGUUCGAUGAUAUGUCAUUGCACCAUGCUGAAGACCUCUUGUAACCAUUUUUCUCCAUGAUCUGGAUAAUUUGCAUUUUCUGGAGUUUGAACCCCAUACCUUCUGGUGUAACAGUAUUAAUGAACCUUUAGUCAAACCAUUAGACUAAGAGGGCUUCCACAUUCCAAACAAUUUUAGUUUUGUUUUCCUUAAAACCCUAUUUUUAUCAAUCAUGAUUUUGAGAAAAUGGAUUCGCUAAAAUAUAAGGAAACCAGAUUUUGUAAUUAACUUACCUAUUUUCAAGCAAAAACCAAAAACCAUGUUUUCUUGGUUUUUUUAACAGAACUUGGGUUAUGUAUUUUUCUUAUUAAAAUAUUUGUAUAUUUAUGUAUUAAUAUAAUAAAGAAAAUUAGAGUGAUAAAUAGUAAGUUCCAAAUCACUAAAGUGGAAUAAAUAUUUUACAUUUAAAAUCUAAUAUGAAAACAUAAAAAUUCUUAUACCAAGGAACAAAAUUCAUAUAAUUAUUUUAUUUUGAAAUUAAAAUAAAUAAUUAUAAGAAUUUUGGUGCAUAGUAUAAUUUUUUUUAAAUUUUCAUAUUAGAUUUUAGAUUUAUAAUAUCUUAUUUAACUUUAAUGAUAAUAUAUAGAUAGUUAUUUUUUAGUAAUGUCACAUUUAUUAAAAUAAUUUACUGAUAAAUCAUAUUGAAAAACAUAAUUAGAUAAAUAAAAAAUCUAAUUUACAAGAACCAAAGAUUUACAGAAUAAUCAAAUAACUAAUAUCUCAAAAUCAAAAUCAAAAUAUUGCCAUAAACUAAUAUCCAAAAAAAUAUUGCUAAUGUAUUAUAUAUUUACUACAUUGUAAUUCCAAAUUUUACUUAAGAACCUACCUAUUAGUUGUAUGUUUUGAUUACAUAAAUUUUAUACAUUUUUACCAUACUUUUAAAAAGUAUAUUAUUGUAAUUAUGUUAACAUAUUCAUUGUCUAUAGUUAAAUAUACUUUAAAAGUACAGGUAUUGAUAUUUAUUUUGUAAAACUGGAAUUUAAUAAUUUUUAUUCAUUCUUAACAGAUAAAAUAUAAUUUUAUUUUAUUUAAUUUGUUUUGAAAGUUUAAUUAGUUAUCAAUUUUGUUUAACAUUGUAAAUUAAAAUAUCUUUUGGUCAUUUUCUUAUUUGAGACUAUUUUCUGAAAAUAAACUAAAAAAUAUUGUCCUCAGAAAUUUUUAAUAAAAACUAAAAACUAAAAUCUAAAUAAACAAUCAUUACCCCAUUCAUGUAUUCUAUAUGGUACUAAAGAAAGAUAGUUUUUUCAAAUAAAAAAAAAGAGAUAUUAUUAAGAGUUUAUUGACUGAAUAGCCAUAUUUCAGUAUGGAAUUUGGUGGGUAACACUGACUUUGACAUAAUUAAAUGUCAGAUUUUUGGUCAUAUUCUCUUCGGUUUUGCCCCUUCACGUAACAAAUUGUCAGUUACAAUUUCUAAAGUAAACAACGUUGUUGUCUUUUGUGGUACAUAAUUAACGUAUAUGAUGUAAGAGAAUGAUGUGACAUGAAUAGAAAACAAUUGUACGCGUUACACAACUUCUGUUAACGUAACAGACAAAGAAAUUACCUGAAUUACUAUGUUAUAUAGUAAAAUAGUAUAUAUAUCACGAAAUAAACUGAACCCUAUCAAAUAAGAAUUAAAUCAUACAUGGAAAUGCAGACUUUAAUCUUGUAGCUGCUUUCCUGUGUUUGCAUGUACCUUAAUCUGCAUGAUAAUAUAGUUGAGUGUGUUAAGGUCUACAUUUUACCAUAUCAGAUUCCGACAUACAAUGAAUGGAAAUUCAGAGAAUUUAAGAGUAGUAAAACAUCUUACAUAAUAGGCAAUGUGAUUUUGUUUUACCGCCGUAAUGGUGCCGUCUUACUCACGCCUUUUGUCACCUAUCAAGCCUUCGAUAAUGAUCGAUUUCUCCACAAACUCAACAAGAAUGUAAUCGGUGGCGUCCUAAUCGCUCAAAUAUGAAGAUGAAUCUAUUGACCUUUCCAUAUUUUAUCAUACCACGUCUUUCUUUUAGAAUUACUAAUUAUUAAUUUAGAUUAUAAUUUUUUUGCAGGUUUUACCGGUUGAAUGAAAUGGUAGGAUGUCAAUAUUAUAGAAAAGACACAAUGUGUAUCGUUAUAUUAGGGAAAUUGGCUACUUCAUGAAUUAUGCUUUUUUUUUCUUGGUUAUACAUACAUAUUUUCCUAUUAUUUAAAAGGAAAUUGCAUCUUAUAACCAAACAAAAAACUCAAAUUAGCUAAGUAACCAAAAUCUUCUUCUCUCUCUUCCUUUCCCUUCCUAUCUCUCUCAUCCCUCUCUCUCAAAAUCUAAUUUUGGUUUUUUUCUUGGUUAUUUCACAAAUUCUCCCUUAUUUAAAAGUUUGAUUUAAAAAAAAAGAAGAUAUUAUUAAAAGGUUGAAAUAUUUUUCAAGAUGAGCUAGCGAAUGAAUGGAUCCGGAAAUGAAAACACCGUGAAACGAGGGGACGAGUGUCUGUGAAUAAACUUGUUGUGCAUUGACUUUGAAGCAAAACCUGAAAUAUCGACGAAACAUGUAUUAAUUCACUUUUCUCAACCAACCUUUUUCUAUCCAAAUCAAAACAACAUUUAAACCAUUUCCUUCCCUGAAACUACUUUCUUUUUCUUCUCCUAACAGUAACAGAGACUCUCGUUUUCAUGGGUGUUUUCUCGAAUCUCCGAGGACCCAGAAUCGGAGCUACCCACGAUGAACUGCCCGUAGCUAAUACCUCUUCAUCCUCUUCCUCUUCUCCCACUUUAUCUAUAAAGCGAAAGCUGUCGAGUUUAUUACCAAUCUGCGUGGCUCUAGUAGUCAUCGCCGAGAUCUGCUUUCUGGGUCGUCUCGACAAAGUCUCCUUAGUCAACACGUUGACCGAUUUCUUCGCCCAGUCUCCCCCGAGUAGACCCGACCAGAACAUCGAGUUGAUGUCGGAGAGCUGCGAGGAGUGGUUGACGAGACAAGACUCGGUGACUUUCUCUAGAGAUUUCAAUAAAGAUCCAAUCUUUGUCUACGGUGGUCAAAAGGACUUUCAAUCAUGUUCCAUAGAUUGUACAUUUGGAGAUAGCUCAGGUAGAGCACCAGACGCUUCCUUUGGAUUAGGUAAUCAACCUGGAAGUCUUAGUAUACUCCGUUCCAUGGAAUCAGCUCAGUACUAUCCGGAGAACGAUAUCUCACAGGCACGACGGAGUGGUUAUGAUAUUGUGAUGACCACUAGUCUUUCAUCAGAUGUUCCUGUUGGGUAUUUUUCAUGGGCUGAGUAUGAUAUCAUGGCUCCGGUUCAGCCCAAGACCGAGAAGGCUGUAGCUGCUGCUUUUAUUUCCAACUGUGGUGCUCCGAAUUUUCGACUGAAAGCACUUGAAGCCCUGAUGAAGAGUAGCAUCAAGAUUGAUUCUUAUGGUGGUUGUCAUAGGAACCGUGAUGGAGAAGUUGACAAGGUUGAAGCUCUUAAGCGUUACAAGUUUAGUUUGGCUUUUGAGAACACUAACGAGGAGGAUUAUGUCACUGAGAAGUUCUUCCAGUCUCUAGUUGCUGGAUCUGUACCCGUGGUUGUUGGUGCUCCGAAUAUAGAUGAAUUUGCGCCAGCUUCAGAUUCAUUCCUUCACAUUAAGAGUAUGGAAGAUGUGGAGCCAGUUGCUAAGAAGAUGAAGUAUCUGGCUGCUAACCCUGCUGCUUAUAAUCAGACACUAAGAUGGAAGUAUGAGGGUCCUUCAGAUUCUUUCAAGGCACUUGUUGACAUGGCUGCUGUACAUUCUUCCUGUCGUCUCUGCAUAUUCCUAGCCACAAGGAUCCAAGAACAAGAAGAGAAAAGUCCUAGUUUCAAGAAACGACCUUGCAAGUGCAACAGGGGAGGAUCAGACACAGUUUAUCAUGUUUUUGUAAGAGAAAGAGGCCGCUUUGAGAUGGAGUCAAUCUUUCUGAGGGGUAAACAUCUGACUCUGGAAGCUCUGGAAUCUGCGGUUGUCGCCAAGUUCAAGUCUUUAAAACAUGAGCCGGUGUGGAAGAAGGAAAGGCCUCCAAGCUUAAAAGGAGACAACGAGCUUAGAGUACACAGGAUUUACCCGCUUGGCCUCACGCAGAGACAAGCUUUGUACAAGUUCAAAUUCGAGGGAAACUCCAGUCUAAGUACUCACAUUCAACACAACCCUUGUGCUAAAUUCGAGGUUGUCUUUGUGUAGUUUCAUUACAAACACAUAACUGACUGAAACUGCUCCGCAGUCUUGAAAGUUCAAUAGAGAUUACAAAGCAGGCAGUAAUGAAGAAAAAUUCAGCAGGUAAUCAAAGCAAAA